UCGGGGGUCGAAAAUGUCCGUAAUAAGGGGAUUCUGGCCGGUGAGAUCGACUUCUCGGUCAAGGUAAAGCCUAAUCGCCGAUUGGGAUGCACCUCUCUGCAUAGCGUGUCAGCGCCAUCGCGUGGCUUCGUGGAUCUAUGACGAAACCAUAGCUUGAGCUUGCCAGAUGAGGCUCCUUGCUUGGAGAAGAAAAGAUCUAGUGGUCUCCACUUGGCCGAUAUCUUACACCAGUGUCGCGCUGACGCGACCGACGUGGUCUGCUAGUACUUGGCUCUACGUCGUCAUAGAUCUCAACUGGAUUAACGGUCGGCGGAAACAGAUGACCGACGCCGCUAGUUUCCCACAAUUAGAAUCGAGUUUCGUUGCUCGCGUCCCCCUGAAGACAUGAAAGAUAUUCUGGAACCGGC